CGUUAUCCCCCAUCAUGCUUAGUAAAAUCAACAUGGCGGGAUGGCCGAAAAAAUUCAGGGUGGAUACCGUAUACCGCCGCCAGAUGAACCUUUUAGAGUUUUCUGAAGAGUUUUAUUGAUCCACAUAAAGUUAUAAGGUUGCCAACAUGUGUGAUGUCCAUACAUGGAAGUGCCAACGUGUGGGGAAGUGGCUGAAGAGGGCCGGUUUCCCCCAGUAUGUUCAGUCUUUCACUCAGGAACACAGAAUCGAUGGUAUGGCCCUGCUCUCGCUCACAGAGAUGGACCUCCGCAGCCCGCCACUGGAACUCAAGGUCCUCGGAGACAUCAAAAGGUUGAUGCUCGCCAUUCGGAAACUUCAACGGGAAAACCAGUACCAUCUCGCCAUCACUCAAAGGCUUGAAAAUGGAACAAGGUUAAGACAUAGAGAAUUCAUGCAAGGCAAUGGCUCUGACUUUGCUGAAUCAGAUGGUUUUACGCACAGUGACGACAGCUCAAGCGAAAACAGGGUUUACAUCCCCACCUUCAAGCCAGAGAUAUGGAAAACAGUCAUCAGCUUCCUCUACGUGUUUCUAGUUUUCCUUGUGACUGCCUUUGUGAUGGUGAUUGUACACGACCGAGUGCCAGACAGGGAGAAGUUCCCUCCCCUACCUGACCUGUUCCUGGAUAGUGUGCCAAGGAUUCCAUGGGCAUUUGUGAUGUGUGAGAUCACUGGGUUGGUGCUCUGUGCCAUCUGGUGCAUUGUUCUCCUUCUACACAAGCACAGGUUCAUUUUGAUGCGGAGGAUGUUCGCCCUGACAGGAACAGUGUUCAUGCUGCGCUGCCUCACCAUGUUAAUGACAUCGCUGUCUGUUCCUGGGGAUCAUCUGGAGUGCAGUGGAAAGUUGUAUGGAGACUUUUGGACCCGUCUCCAUCGAGCAUUUGUGAUCUGGAGUGGUCUGGGGAUGACGCUGACAGGCGUGCACACCUGUGGAGACUACAUGUUCAGUGGGCACACUGUGGUCCUCACCCUGCUCAAUCACUUCAUCACUGAGUACACACCCAGGAACAUGUACACCCUGCACAUCUCCUCCUGGGUGAUGAAUCUGUUUGGUAUAUUCUUCAUUCUCGCUGCCCACGAGCACUACUCCAUCGAUGUGUUCAUCGCUUUCUACAUCAGCAGUCGUCUCUUCCUGUACUACCACACGCUGGCUAACAACCGGGUCCUCAAACAUGGCGACAAGGACCGCACGCGUGCGUGGUUCCCCCUCUUCUCCUUUUUUGAGUCAGAGGUGGAUGGCAUCGUGCCAAAUGAAUAUGAGUGGCCAUUUCCCAUUCCAUCAAUUUUCAUGGAGAAUGAAGAAAAUGACAUGUAAUGCUAUGCCCACUGUUUUAAGAAUGACAUAGCACUGUGCUUAAUAAGAUUUUGGAAGAGUCCACAUUGAAUUUAGGGGAAGAGUGGACCUUGUCUACUGAAGGAAUGUUGACAAGGUUGCAUUGGCUUCACCAAGUACCUUAAGUGUCCAGUGAGAUUAACAAAUUCUGAAACAGACCUUGACAGAUAUCACCUUACAAAGACUAUUGGUGUCUUGCAUGUUGAAUAUGUAUAUCUAUGUGAAAUUUUCAAGGCUAGAAGUAGAAAUAUUUUUGACAGCCAGAACAGGUGAACAGGUGACAGGCAAUGUGUCCAUGCAGUAAUGUCUUGUAAUGUCAUUGUAUCUGCAUCAAUGAAUACUAGUAGGCAUUGCUAAUAGUUCCUUGACUUUAUUGGUUGCUACAAGUGUAUUUGUAGCAAAGAGUGCUAAAAACCGUACUUUGAUGGUGACCACUAUUUUGACGAAAGCCACAAAAAUGGAAUUAAGCUGUUUGGUGCUAGGUACAUGUACUAAUUAUAUGAUUAUACAGUGAUUAUGUAUGACCUAAUGUGACUGAUAAUCCAUAAGAUAUUUUAAUCAUCAUAGUAUAUUUUGUCCAUAAUGUGGUUGACAGUAGGGUCAAAAUUAUCACUUACACAAAUGAUUUAGAAGUAGAAUAGUUGCAGAGUAUACAUUUUGUAUUUAGUUAGCCUUCACUUCCUUCAAUUUACCAUAUGACUAUUGGGAAAAAUGUGGAAAUUCAAAGUGGAAUGAAACCUCAUUGUGUUUGUUGCCUACCAUCAUGUACCUGUUAUUAUUGUACAAUGUAUCUUCAUAUUGUCAAAAGUGUUCGUUUUCCAUCUAGAACAUACCCUGGGAAACCAGCUCAAAGAAGCUUCGCAAAGAAGAGUUACCGAUUCCCGCCUGCCUACCGCGUGCCCUCCCGCCACUAUACACCCGCCCACUACCAGCUGGCCCCAAUUACGCCAGCCCCCGACUAUCGCUUCCUUCUCUGACUCCGUGGAGAGAGGCCAGCUGGAUUAUCGGGCGUUGGGCAGGGGGUGUUCCGGGUGCGCGUGUGGCGGGGAUCGGUAAACCUUGGGCGCGGCUCUAGGAGUCUGCGUUUUCCCAGGGUAUCUAGAACAUCACUUGUUCAUUCAUGCUGGUCAUGGCUUUUUGAAGUGAACUUAGUUAUAUUAGUUUUAUGUCAUGCUUAAGGAGGUCUUUUAACAAUGUUGCCAAUGGCUUGGAAAGUUUACAAAGCUACAUAACCACAGCCACUACUUAUUAUUAUCAGUUAAAGAAAGAAAGUUUACACAAAGCUAUUUUAUCAGAUUUGAGAGAAAUGCUAGCAGGUUAAUCAGAGUUGACAUGAUGUCUGUUUUAAGAUUUGAUUCUAAUCUUAAGUUAUGACCAAAUCAUUACAUGCCUUUUUUGUUUAUGAUAGAUAGAUAGUGAUAGAAAUAUGAUAGCAGUCAUGUGGUAUGCAGGUCCUUCAAGCCUAAUUUGAAUAUAUAUUUCUGACAAAGGAGACACAGUUGUGAGGGAACACAGAUCUCUGUGAAUGACAAUCAAAGAGAAGUCCUUGAUGUCAGUAAAUACAUAGCUUUGAAACUCUUAGAAUGAUAAAGGCUUGGAAGGCCUGGAUAAGAUGAUCAUAUACUUCAAGUUGUAAAGUGUUUUUGCUUUUGUUUAAUGUCCAUUGAAAACUGACACUGUGAGCAUUGAGUGCAUCAAAAUGUGCCGCGAAAAAGAUGGUGUAUGACUGUAUGGUGUAUUGUCUGUGUAACAAUUACAUUAGCUUCUAUAUAAACAUGUGCUAUGCAAAAGACAGGAUGUGAGAAUUAGCUUGGUGCUCUUUCUCCCUUUCUCAUUGCUACACAGUUGAUGACCAUUUUUUUUCACUACAGCCAUUCAUAGAAUUGUACGUUUAAUUCUGACAUGUGCCACUGACACAUGUGCCACUGACAAAUGGCAUACCUUUCAUGUCUAUUUGUAAUUUUUAGCAGCAAGUAUUCUGCAAAGCAUUGCUUGCCAAAAUGAUCAGUGCUUCCAAAUUGUAAUUAUGUAAGAUUUGUGAUGAGCAAAUGCUCUGGAUAUAAUUCAAGUACAGGAUACUACUAGUACUAUUCUGUAAUGAUUCCCGAGUAUGUAUGUCACCUGUCAACUAGUUUCAGAUGGGUUGAUAACACAGUACUGCUGUAGGAAUCCUCUAUAACACUUGUUUGUCUAACAUUUAGCCUAUAAGUUUGUACUGGAAAGACAAUAUCAAUAGCGCCAAUUGUGUCAGUUAUUGGCUACUAUUAUGACUUGUGUGUUGUGUAACAUUUUUUUUUCUUUUCUAAGAAGAUGCUUGCACUAUGUAUGCACAGGCAUAGUCUUAUCAAGCCAUGGAAUAUAAAUCAAUGUAAAGAUCUCUCUUUCUUUGCAAGCCCAAAGGAUGACAUGCAUACAAUCAAAUCAAUGUUAUAUGCCUAUACUGGACUGUUUUGAACUGUAUAUGAAACAUGAAAAUUUUUUUCAAAACUGAUAGUGUAUGGUUCUGAAGUUAUUGGUUGCAGUAUGUUAGAUUUUGCAGUAUGGGGUUGCUUUUAGCCUGGCUACCAUCCUCCAUAGUAACUUCUGGCUCUCCCUUUUGUAGUAUCAAGUGAAAAGGGAGCCAGCAGUAACUACAGAGGAUAGUACCCAGGCUUUAUAACAAGAAGCCAAAGGAUUUGUGAUCUGUCAGAAUACAAUCGUAACAAUGCUGAGAUGUUCAUGGUAUAAGAAAAAGAAAUGUCCAUCUGCAGGGGUUCCUUCUUGAAAUCAUAGGGAGAAGUGGAAGCUGACAGGAAUAUGUAUAUGAGACAAAUGAUUGUAACUGGUGAAGUAAUGGCAAAUGUUGAGAUGACUUAGAUGUCAACGGGAAACUGUUGUCAGCUACAUUGUACAUCAGAUUUGUACUGGUCCACCAACUGAUAUGAAAAUAUUUCUGACCGUGAUUAGCUUUGUGUACAAAUAUUUCCAAAAUGUAACGGGAAUAUCCAAGUGCCAUGCUCUCACAGGCUGCUUUUGCAAAUGAUCAUGGCUGCAGCCAGGUGUGACUCCAGCCAUAGCAACAAGUAUUCUUUUACUUCUUGAACCAGGUAAUAUAUUGUGCACAUGUCAUAUUUGUGAAUACUACAACUUCCAGUUCAAAACCCUGUGUAACAUCUAUUACAGCUGUAUCAUACAAACCUGGUGAAAGGGGCAUUAUGCUGGGCUGUGAUGUUAGCUGUUAUAUGGCAUCUCACAAGCAGUUAACAAUGAUUUAAUCCUGUUCUGCUGUGCCUUAGGUAAUAUCCUGCUGCACUGCAAGUUAUCCUGAUUCACAAUAAAUGCUAUGUCAGAAACACUAA